AACAACAGCAGCUCCAACAACAGCAGCUCCAACAACAGCAGCUCCAACAACAGCAGGUCCAACAACAGCAGCUCCAACAACAGCAGCUCCAACAACAGCAGAUCCAACAACAGCAGCUCCAACAACAGCAGAUCCAACAACAGCAGCUUCCACCAACUCCAGGUCCAACAACAGCAGAUCCAACAACAGCAGAUCCAACAACAGCAGAUCCACCAACAGCCGCUCCACCAACUCCAGCUCCAACAACAGCAGCUCCAACAACAGCAGCUCCAACAACAGCAGGUCCAACAACAGCAGAUCCAACAACAGCAGAUCCAACAACAGCAGAUCCAACAACAGCCGCUCCACCAACUCCAGCUCCAACAACAGCAGCUCCAACAACAGCAGCUCCAACAACAGCAGCUCCAACAACAGCAGAUCCAACAACAGCAGCUCCAACAACAGCAGCUCCAACAACAGCAGAUCCAACAACAGCAGAUCCAACAACAGCCGAAGUUCUACGUCCAAAUGCGGUUCGAGGCCGAUGCAAAUGUCUCCCUGUCGGAUGCCAAGAUGCAGAUCACAAUCCUGAUGAAGACGCUUCAAGGCUCCCUGAGCGUCAAUCUCCCCGGAGCGCUGCUCACGCGCGUCAACGUCACCGUCGUCUUGUGA